AUGACUGAAUGCGACGAAAGCUCUAACCUUGAACUCGUUUUCCCUAGGACCACUUGGAACGGAAAACAUGAGGAACACAUUACUGGAGUAUCUGCACUGAGACUUUCCCAGAGGUGCCAAGUUGUGGUUCUGUGUCGUCAUAACGGAAUCGACCAACAUCUCCCCUUGUCCAACGCAGCCGGAACACAUGAGGACGCUUUUCAUGUAUGCCGCAUGUUUGGUGCUGUUUUCUUCAGCUUCCAAACAAAUAGUAAUUUCAGCACAAAUUGUUACGCAGAAUCGAUCGGGUUUGUCCCUCCACCAUUUGGACAAUACCAGUGACUACAAAUCCCGAUCUGCAAGAAAUGUGAAACCGGUGAUAUAUAUU